GAGCGCACCUGCUCGCUGCGCACGGAGGCGCACCGCCGCGCAAGGCUCGCCAAACCUCUCCAAGGGCGCGCCUGACCUCUCCAAAGCGCGCAGCAAGGAAGACGAAGAAGAGGUCGCCUCUCGCUCGCCACGUGCGCCGCUGCCCCUCGUCCCAUGGCCCUCCCAGGCCGCCGGCUCGCUUCCCUUCCCGGCCCGAGGUGAGCCAACCAGAGAGGGCCCUCCAUGCCGGCGCGCCAGAAGCAGGAGGCGAAGAAGAAGAAGAAAGGCGCCGGUGGCGGCCGCGUGGAUGCGGCGGCGCUGCUGCUGCUGCGGGAGCGCACGGCAGCCGGAGCAGCCACGGGCUCCCUCGGCCAGCCGCCUCCCGCCGCCGCCCUGCCGAGGAUGUUCAGCUGCGUGGGCUGCUUCUGGGUCCUCUUGUCCUCCUGCCUCGUGGCCGUCUGCAGCUUCAGCUUCCUCUCGCCGGCUUGGAUCGUGAAGGAGCGCGGCGUUGGCGGGCGGCGUUUGGUGGUGGCCACGGCCGCCGCCCUGGAAGGCAGCGAAGGCGGCGCCGGCGGCGGAGAGGUCAGCUUCGGGCUGCUGUGGCACUGCUCCGAGUCCCUGCGCCACAUGUACGACUGCUACACCUUCGGCGGCCUGGGGAGGUUCAGCGAGAUCCCCUCCGGCUCCUGGCAGACGAGUGCUGUGCUGUGUUCGGGGGGCUGUGCUCUCCUAGCCUUCAGCUCCCUCCUGGCUGUCAUUGUGAUCUUCCUUCCCAGCGGGCCGUGUGAGAGGAGGGUCUGCACCCUGGCUGGCUACAUUCAGACAGCAGCGGUGUUCAUCAUGGGAUUCGGGCUCCUUGUCUACCCCUUCGGCCUCAGUUCCACUGCCGUGCAGAGGUACUGCGAAAAUUCAAGCAUCUACUACGCUGGCGACUGCCAGAUUGGAUGGGGCUACAUGCUGGCAAUCGUGGGUGUCAUGCUCUCUGUCUUUUUGCCGUUCUUUGCAAAAUACGCCCCGAAAGAGCACGCCUCCCCCACUCCAAUACCCACAAUUUUAUAGUACUUUUCCCAGUAUCGAACAUCCGGAUGUUCCCACCUGAAAUCGGCGGACAGAAGAAAUUUUAGGGCACUUCCAUUGAGCCUCAUUGCUAAGAAAUGAAUUGGGGGGGGGAGAGCAGUAGAAAUGACAGCAAGAAGCACUUGAAUGACUACAGAAGACCCCAAAGUGCACUGAUGAGUCUUCCAUACACAUGAGAAAUGGACGCUCUGGGUCUGUCUAAAGGGUGCUCAGCAGUGGUUGGGUUGCCUUGGACAUUUAUAAUGGCUAAAUGCCUCAAAAGAAACCCUGUUUUUUAUCCUCAAAAAUCUCUGUCUACCUCCCAGUUUCUUUGUGUGCUUGUGUGUCUCAAAAACCUUUUUUAAAGCCUCGAUCCACUUUUUAUAUCUCGUUUCUUAAAUAUUUGAACUUUUUUGAACCUGGUUUUUGUUUUGUUUUUUCCAGCCUGAUCUGUGCUAUUUUGUAAAAGUAAUAUAAUAAAUGGCAAGCGGGCCGGGUG